AUGUAUCUGAUGACGAAUCGGUCCGGCGUCAAAACGAUGCUUCUCCUCUGCUCGCUCAUCUCCGUAUUCUCCACAAUUCUCACACCGUUGGCGACGGCCAACUUCUGGCUGCUGUGGACGACGCGAUUCUUCCAGGGCCUUCCCGGUGCGAUGUUCUCAAUUGUGGUCUCCGUGGUGACGUCACACUGGUCGACGCUCGCUGAAAAUGGUGUGUACGUGUCGAUUCUCGCCGCGCACUACCAAAUCGCUCCACUUCUCACGAUGCCGCUCUCGGCGCUUCUCUGCGCAUGCUUGGGAUGGAGCUCGGUGUACUACGUGCAAGGCGGCCUCACGGCGAUCUUCCUCGUUCUGUUCGUCGUCCUCUACACCGACAAUCCGGCGAGGAAUCGUUUCCUCACGCUCGAGGAGCUCGUCGCGAUCGAGGAAGGCAAAUCGCACGAGGAGAAGCAUGUCGAGAAGACGCGCACCCCGUUCGUCGCUAUUCACAAAGACACCGCCGUCUGGGCGAUUUGGCUGACCUCCGUCGGCGGCACCAUCGGCUUCUCGAUAUUCCUCCAAUACGGACCAACCUAUCUCAACAAGGUGCUUCACUACAAUCUCUCGACGACCGGAUGGACCGCCGCGAUUCCAUACAUCUUCUCGUGCAUCGCUCGAAUUGCCGCUCAGCCGCUGUCGGCCAAUUGCUCGUUCCUCGGCGAACGCAUGGCGGCCAUCGUCUCGACGACCAUCAGUCAGGGCACCAUGGCGAUUUGCUUUCUGGUGCUCAUGCUCAUCCCGCAGGAUUGGAGCUCGGUCGGCCAACUGUGCUAUUCGCUAGUCAUUGUUGCCAAUGGAUUGAACGGCGUCGGAAUCACUCGAUCGGCUCAGCUUGUCUGCAAGCAGCACCUCUCGUUCGUCUACACCGCCCGAUCAUUCUACAACUUCACUGUCGGCCUCUUGCUCCCGAUUCUGGUCAACUUCAUCGCUCCAAAUGACACCCACCAUGAGUGGACCAUUCUAUUUUUAAUCAUCUUCAUCAUUGUAUUCGUCUCCAAUUUGAUCUUCAUAAUAUUCGCACGAGCUGAGCCAGCUCCAUGGACCGUUGGUACCAUUGAAGUCGACGAUCGUUCCGAGAUCUCAUGCGAGGAACAGAAAAUUGAGAAAUUUUAG